UUAAGAACGGUGCAACAAGUGAACAGCACUACGUCAGAUUUCUCGGUUUGAUCGCGUUGACUGUCGGUAGAAGUGUAGCAGCAGAUGUGAAAUAAGUGCAUUAUGUGAAGGGUUUUGUAGGAUUUGAGGUUGAAUAAUAUAAAAUAUCGCGUGCGGUUUGAUAGUAUGAAAAAAUCGUUACUGCGGCAGGUGAUUUGCUAUUGGUGUAUUCGCAUUUCUGAGUGAAGGGUGACCAAUAGGGUAAUGUACGCAUGUAGUGUUGAAGGCGUAAUGAUAUUAACGCAGAUCGGAUGUAACAGAGCCGAACCAAUCAACUCGUUAUCUUAUUAAAGGUGAUAAGUUUUUUUUUGCUUGUCUCGGUCUUCCACUUUGGUGGGAAAUUUUUCGUACUGGUAGACACGACGAGAGUGAGUUAUAAGAGCAAAGAGAGUGCGGUGAGUCGCAUUGGAGAGUGUAUGUUAGCGCGACAUCAGGUUAUGGGAGGAAACUGUUGCUGACAGAGUGUUGUGACUGUGUGGCAUACAAUACAGCAGUAAAAGGCAAACUUGUUGGUCGGCGAAUGGGCAAAGGAAUAGCAGAUACGACGGCAAAGUGAUACAAAAAGUAUACACACAGCAGCCCACCUAGCGAGAGGCGACUCAAGUGAAGGAGAGAAUCUAAACGAUAAGAAACGAUAUUACAGAGCAAGUCCAUGGAGCAGUAAAUGCGCCGUCAACGGAGAACGCGAAGACGGGCCCGGAGAAGUGUGAAUCAAAUAAAUGAUCAAAUGAGAAGAAAAGUAUAAGUUGAGAAAAAGAUAAAAUUGUCGGCUCAGUUGUAUCCGAGAAGUCUACUGCAGCACAACACAGAGAAGGCCAUAAGCAAACAGUGCUAACUAGAGUGCAAUAAACACAACUUAACAAGGAAAGAGAAAAAACAGAAUAUACACAACGUGGUUAGGAAGCAAGAGAUCGUCUACCGCCACAAAGUAUACAAAAUAAACACCAGGAUUUUAAUUGAAGUUUGCCAUUAAAGCAACAUAGCGAGCACUCAACAAUUAAGCUCAGUCAAUAAAUAACUGAUUUACUUCCAUCUCUGGUUACUACUUUUUGCGCUUAUUAAUGAAAGAAGUACUUAAAAGCGACAGAACGCAUAAAAGGACAUAAAUUAUUAAAAUCACUUUAUACACUCGAAAUUCUAUUUUUUCGGUGCAAUCUUUUCACCGCUAAGUGCAAAAGUACUGAUCGCAACUUUGCUCGUUACUACUGGUUCUAUCGAUUGAUUUGCGAUCAACUGCGGAGAGAAUCAUCAAGAACAUAUAGAGAGUGUAUUCCGGCGUAAAGUAAUAAGGUGCUGGAAACGAGCAGCAUCAUAAAGUAUAAAAUUUAUCGGUUUGAUUCCGUGCGUGUAUCGGAGGGAAGUAAACUUCCUAAAGUUGAAAGCGGAUCGUUUAUCAAACACGCAAGCAGAAAGGCGUAAGUGACGGAAACAAUUUAGUGCACCCGGCGUGAAAGGAAAAAAAAUAAGUAACAUACGGUAGCAUCUCUGUGGAACAUACACGGCCAAUUGUGAGAAGUGACGGUUCUUUCAAUUAUCUUAAGUCUGUUGCUACGACGGUCAUUCAAGAUGACUGUAAUCAAGUUAAGCAAUUUUAUUGUUUCAAGUGAGGCAUAAGAAGUUACUCGUACUAGCAGUGUAAAAUUAAUUCAAACAUUGAAGCAAAAACAGUACCAAAGUGAAGUGCGUUAAACACCCUACAAGACAGAAUAAAAACAAAUAAUUGAAAACCGUUAAAAGGCCAUCAAGAUCGUGUGUUCCGGCAAAACAAGCAACCAGACGGCCACAUCACUAGAGAAGUUGCCAAAUCAGAAGCCUACUUCUUCACGGAGACGCAACGAGAGUUUUCAUUUCUGGAGUGCAGCUCGGAUUACCGAUUGACUGAAUCAAAUAUGUGUUCCCGCAACUUAGCGCUUUCGUUGGCACUGAUAAUCGCACUGGUACCUCUGGCAGCCGUUGCGUUACCUCACCACAGUGUCGCCAAGCGAAGUUCCUUUUUCGACAUUGAGUGCAAAGGACAGUUCAACAAAGCGAUCUUCUACCGGUUGGAUCGGAUAUGCGAAGACUGCUACUCGUUGUUCCGCGAGCCACAAAUUCUGUCCUUCUGCAAAAAGUCGUGCUUCACGACAGACUACUUCCGUGGAUGCUUAGACGCGCUGCAGCUGACGGACGAGAUCGAAACGUUGAAGCCGUUCAUCAAGGUGCUAAACGGUGCGGAUCCAAACACGUUAUAAGCAGCCACAAGAAGCGGAAGUCUUCGUCGUCAUCAGCAGCAGCAGCUUUAAGGAAACGCAAACAAGUGAUCUAUUUCGCUAGAGAUAACCACACUCCACGUCAACCACGUGGCGGAUGGCUAGCAGAAAUUUACGCGCAAAAGUGCUUAACAACAACACAGUAUAUAAAAUUACACAGCAGAAGGAGCGGAAUAUGUCCUUCGACUAAAUAGCAUUGAUUAAAUAAGAGAAAAAAAACGAGUGCUAAUCCGAGAGGAGACAUCCAAAGUCAUCUCAUCUAUCAUCCCGACGAACAUUUCUCAGCCGGACAUCAUCGCAACGACAACGACAACGUGGGAAGUCCAGUGGCCGUUUUUUGUGCAAUUAUAUUGUUUUAGUUACGUUUGUUUAUUUGGUUGACUGGAGAAUGAGAAAAAUCAAAAGUAUUAGCUGAUUCCACUGGAAGAAAAGGCCAUCCGGAAAUCUUGACGUCAUCAUCGCUAGCGAACCAGCAAUUCAACGCAGCAGAAAAGAUCGGUGUUCUUUUGGUUUCCAUUUGCUUAUUCUUUGAACGUUUUCACGAGAGGGCUGUUUUGGAUCGGAAUACUUUCUGGCAUGCGUGGAAGCGUUGGUUCUGGACGAAGAAACGGAGAAAUUUAUGAAAUGGCGCGAAAUGUUGGGGAAGAAGUAAUUCUAUCGCGUUGAACUUCACAAACAGCACCUGUAUUUUAGUUUAAUGGACGAUCACGCUGAUUUUUAUGCUAUAAUAAAACAGUGACUGUAGGUAAUUUGUUUUUUAGUAAGAUUUGCUUUUCCUACUGUAACUGUCUGCCUCUCGUAUGCAUAGGUAAGAACAAGCUAAAAGCAGUUGAAUAGAUAGGUAAAAAGCAAACUUUUACAGAGCAGCGACUGAACAUGAAGGAUAGAGGUAGAAUGCCGAUGUGUACAUAAUUAACUGAUAAAUGCAUAUUUAUUUAUAAAUUAACUUUUAACAUCGAACAAUACUAACUUAGAGAAAAGAGAGAGAGAGAGAGAGAGCUAUUCAGAAAGUGAUAGAGAGCAUGAGAAGGCAUGACGAAUAUUUCGAAACAGCAUUAGAGAGUGUAGAUAUUUAUCCCGUUGCAAAGUUGUAAUUAGUAAAACAGUUACACGAGCAUAUUCAAUCCUUUUGCUUGAUGGAAAACAGGGCAAAUGUGUACCAGUCAGAAGUGUUUGUAGUUGGGGGAAGGUAACGAGGAGACAUUUUUAAUGUUGGCUCUCGGUACAUUCCCCUGACCGAAAGAAGGAGAUUUGAUAUGUAUAAAGUCGAAAUUUGUUUCAGAUACGAGAAGUACGAAAGAGAUAGAGCGAGCGAACGAGCGAGCAUUGUUUAUUUUGUUCAGAAAAACCAUAUCUUCAGUGACAUGCAAAAACUCUAGAAUAACUUGGAAAUAUCUUAUGUUAAUGUAUUUAUAUUUUCAAAAAAUAUAUUUCUCUAAAAUCUAGUCCAGAAAGCGCACAUUUACGUUUAGUUAUUUAUGAUGAAGAAAGCAGUAAGGCAACUUGAACGAUCAACGUAUGUUAAGAAAAAGUUUCUAUUUUACAAUUUUGUUAGAUGCCUUAGUUGUUAUGGCGUAAAAAUAUGAUGAAAUCAUUUUCAUUCUCCUUCCAUUGUUUUCCAUCCUUAUUUUUUGCUUCUUGGCUUAUUUUCGGGCUUCGAUAUUACUUCUAUUCUAAAUCUUUUCAACUCUCAAUACACACUGAAUGCACAUUUUGGCAUCAACUGGGCGCAACAGAAAAGUCAAUAAUGAAUACCCAAAUUUUCUGUACUUUUCGCGUAACAAAAAUGUCAAGGAAAGUGUAAAUUAUUAACAUUCCUCAUCAGACAGUAUUUUCUCUCUCAAAAAAUAGACUUAUCAAACAAUAUGAAGCGAAAUACGCAAAUGCUUCAACUCUGCACUCAUCCACACCCGAAAGGGACGGGGUGCAGAUUUGAAAAAUGGCAGUAACAAACAUAAACCUAGACUUCCUUAACUAACGUCAAUCCGAGCAAUCGCUUCAGUCUAAUUUUUGUUAGAUUGACUCGUCAGUCAGUAAAAACUAGUAGCGAAAGUGCGACCCAGGAGGAAUUGUCCAUAGUUUCCGCUUCAACAGAAAAAAUAUCAAUGUUAUAUAAUACGCAACUCUUUCGCAAUUUUUUUCUUAUUUAUUGAAACGUCCUCACUUAAACAUACCGUACGAAGCAACGAAAAAGCAAAAUGUUUUCAGCAAAUCUAGCGAAACAAUCGAUUUGUAGAGAUAGUUUUGAGAAAAGAUUUGACGCCUAUAAACACUCACCAGUUAAUAGAUUUUAAAGUUAAGUAAUAUUUGUAACAGAUUCGUUGAUUGCCAUUUUUUAACAUGCGAUAUUUUUAUUAUUUGUACAUGACUAAAAUUUCAAAGGAAAAAGAAAACACGAUAUUCUGAAGCGAGUUGUCCUAUUCACAUAAUUCUUGUUGCUGGGAGGAAUGCUGUUCUCGAGAGUUUAGCCUCAGAAGAAAAUAAAAUUUCGUACAGAACUGUGCAAAAAAUGAAAUCUU